AUGAUGAUGCUAGAACAUGGAGCCGAGAAUGGUCUCUGGUACUCAGCUGGUGACCAUCAUUUGGUGCGACAACUCGGUCUGGUCCAACAGCUUACGGACCAGAAGCCAGUCGAGAGCUACGCUAUAGCGAACGUCCCUCCUUCUUCUGGGGCAUUUUAUCCCAAAAUUCGGCCCACCUUCACACGCACUAGAGCUCGCAAUUACAGUACAGUCAUACAAUGUGUCUCUUCCAGCUGGAGUAAAGUGUUUGUCACCGGAGGUUCGUCCUGGACGGGCCUGGCUACAACCAGUGAGAUUGCCAGUCGCCGCGUGACUGAAGCCCGGUCCGUCAUGAUCGACGGUAAUGGACGAGCCAGGGCUCGCGAUCGGGUUACCAUCCCCUCCCAAAAAGAAAAACAAAAGAUUCAAGAGAGCGGCCAAGUCUCUCAGGGGGCAACCAAAGUUAAUCAUGAUGAUACGAGUGUGUUCAUGCCUUCGCCAGGGCCUUUGGUCAUUCACUCGACCGACCGGUGGAGCGGGUUGAGCACCGUCGUGCUCAGUCCGCCUCCAGCCUCCAAAGUGGCCAGGCACCCAGUCUCCAAGCUGCACGGACGCUCCAAUAGGCGAAAAGGAUCCGCGUAA